AUGAAUAACUUGAAAAGUCACAAUAUUGGGAUGGGAGACUCGCCUUAUGACAUUGGAUUAAACCCCCCACCAAAGUCAAAGCCCCAGAAACGUGUUGGCGUUGACUUUCCACUUAAUUUCACCCCCGUCCAUCUGAUGGUAUACCAAAACCGACCAGAACUCAUAAUUCCAUCUGAGGCUCUACGACAUUGUGGCUUUGAUGUUGUUGAUAACCACGGCAACACGCCGCUUCAUAUUGCGUGUUCAUUAGGACGUCUUGAAUGUGUUGAAGUGUUAGUUUCCAAACAUUCUUCUGUUCUAGUCCAUAACGCCUUUGGCGAGAUUCCCCUCUUCUGUGCGUUGAGAUCUCAAAAUUCGGAUUUUGACGCAUCGUCGAAGAUAUCGAAGAUACUUCUUGAGAAGUGCGGAAAGGAAAUGCUUGCCGCGACGGAUAUGAGGGGGUAUACCGUCUUACACUAUGCAGUGUUCAUGAACAACACCUCGUUUCUCGAUUACAUUCUUUCGUUGUGUUGUGUCGACGAGUUCAUCAACAACACCUUCAACGAAGGAAACUCAACACCCCUCCACAUCGCCGCCAAAUUCGGACUGUUGCAAUCGGCACAGUGGCUACUCGAUCACAACGCAGAUGUGACGCUUGAGAACGAGAUGGGAGAAACAGCCCUUAUUGUUGCUAUCAAAAAUCGACAGCAAGAAAUCUCGAAGGUGCUCCUCAAAACUUCUCCAUUGGACGUGCCAGACAACUACGGACAAACAGUUUUACACCACGCAGCUGCAGUCGGCGAUUUGGACCUCUGCAAAACAAUCAUUGAGAUGUGUCCGAAGUUGGUGAAUACCGGCGACUGCCAGAGUAAUUUUCCGUUUCAUUGUGCUGUUAAAGCAAAUAGUAAAGAAGUGAUGGAAUACUUCUAUAGCAACAUCUUGUGUUUAGAGCGUGGGAAUAGUCAAGGGAUGACGCCAUUGAUGAUAGCGGUAUCUCUUGGCUGUGAACAGUCGAUGUGCUUUUUGAAGGAGAGAGGAGCUAAAAUGGACCAGCGGACGAUGCGGGGGACCACCUUAUUUUUGUCUGGUGUUGUCCAUGGAGAGAUUGGGAUAUUAGAAAAGAUCAGUGGGAUUGAAGAGAAGGACAAGAUGGGGAAUUCAGUCUUUCAUUAUGCCGUGCAAAGUGGUCGUAUUAAAAUAGUCGAGUGGCUCUUUAAACAGAAGAAGGAAUUAUUAGAAGAGAAGAAUGACAGCGGAGAAACACCUUUACAUAUUGGGAGUUUGAGAGGCGAUUUACAGAUGGUAAAGCACUUAAUCACUGUGUGUCAACAUCAUGUGGAUCUCAGAAAUAAUGAAGGAAGAACACCAUUGCAUUACGCUGUGAUGGGAGGAAACAUGGAGUGUGUUAAGUACUUAAUUGAGAAUAAUAGAGCGUGCGGAUAUGAAGAUAAACAUCGAAUGAACGUCAUACAUUUAUGCUGUGCGAGGGGUACUGUCAACUUACUUGAGUAUUUAUGUGAGAGUUAUAAAGAAUUGAUUAAUAAAAGAGAUGCAUGUGGGCGGACUCCGUUACAUAUUGCUGUAAUUAUGAAUGACGCACUCAGUGUUGAAAUACUCAAACGACAUGGUGCCGAUUUAGUCAUGAAGGAUAUCCGCGGGAUGAAUGUCAAACAAAGUGCGACUAAUCGCGGCUUUUUGCAUUGUCUUGAUAUAUUAAAUGGCACUAAAAAGAGUGAGUGGGUGGUCAUCAAUAAAGUCGAAUCAUUGGGCGAGUUAGUUAAUGUUGAAAAUUCACACAUGCUUUCGUUACACAAAGGAGAGAUUAUUAGUGUUGUCUGGGUCUAUAACGAGUGGGGAAUAGGUAUCAACGAGCGCGGUGAGAGUGGCUUAUUUAAAAUGGAAUUUUGCAAAUCGAAAGAGAUGUCGACCAUCGAGUUGGAGAAGAUGAAAGGGAUGUUAAAGAAACAGAAAGAAGUUCGUAAAAUUAUCGAAAAGAAGAAUCGGUCACUCUCCGUCGCUGUACCACCUCCUUUAAAUCCAAUCGAAGAAAAAGUAAAGACGCAUAGUCCUCGCAUCGAGAUACCCAUGGAACAAGACACCAACCAACACAAUUUAAGAAACGAGCAAUCCGUCUGGUAA